UCUGUGGAUUCAGACACAUUUAAAAACUAUGCCUUCACUGCUGCCAUUCCUGGGUUUCCAUGUUGUUAAUUGUUAAUGUGUAUUUAAUGAAGUUGAUUUCAUUUUUUUUCCUUUACAGACUAUCUCUACAGAGAAAAAGAAAUUGGGGUAUAGACUACCCAUCCUUUCCAGGAGAGACUCCACUACAGUACAGAAGAGUGGGUCUCAGGACCGUAGGGGAAGCUGCUUCCCUCUCUGAAGCAUGGCUCAGGUGUGGAGAAGGAUUUCAGGAGACUGCUGGGACUCCGUCAUUAACAGCUGAAAAGAAGACUACUGCAGAAAAACACCUUGAGUUAUCCUCUAGACCCAAGAAAGAACCUACUACAUCUAAAAGUACCAGUGGGAUUACAGCUGUAACACGGAGUUCCAGUGGAAGUGAUCUGUCAGAUGAAGAUAAAAAUUUUAAACCACAGAGAGAUAGCAGACAUGGUUCUAGAAUAGACAGAUUUUAUAACGGGAAUAUUUCAUGUCCACAGGAUGGGACCAGUAAAAUAAAUUGAUAAUUUUGUAAGAAAUUUAGUUUCUGUUAUAGAUUGAAUUUCAAUAUUGGGAAAAGCUUAUACUCCUUUUCUAACACUUAGCAUUGAUUAUGAUUGUACUAGGUCCCAGCAUCCCAGCCCUUUAGAAGUAUUUUCUCAUAAUAAUUCUCACAGUAACUCUAAGAGAGAGGUAUUACCAGUAUUAUUUUUACAGUUAGUAGUUUAAGCUUGAACAUGUUAGAACUGGUUGGAUUCCACUUUGGGUCUCUUUGGUGACAAAGCCAGUUCUCUAAAGUACAGGCACACCUCUGAGAUAUUGUGGGUUUUGUUCAGACCACUGUAGUGAAGUGAAUGUUGCAGUAAAAGAAGUUACAUGAAUUUCUUGGUGUUCCAGUGCAUAUUAAUGUUGUUUAUAUACAGCUGUAGUCUAUUAAGUGUGCCACAGCAUUAUGUCUACAAAAGUCAAAGUGCCAUACCUUAAUUAAAAAAUGGCUUAUUGCUGAAAAAUGCUAACCAUCAUUUGAGCCUUCAGCGAGUUGUAGCUUUUUGUUGGUGGAGGGUCUGUCUCAAUGUUGAUGGAUGCUCACUGAUCGGGGGGUGGUUGCUGAAGGUUGGGGUUGGUGUGGCAAUUUCUUAAAAUAAGGCAGCAGUGAAGUUUGCUGCAUUGAUUGACUCUUUGACAAAUGAUUUCUCUGGACCGUGCAAUGCUGUGUGAUAGCAUUUUACCAACAGUAGAACUUCUUUCAGAGUUGGAGUCAAUCCUCUCAAACCCUGCUGCUGCUUUACCAACUAACUCUAUGUAAUAUUCUAAAUCUUUUACUAUCAUUUCAACAGUCCUUAGAGCAUCUUCACCAAGAGUAGAUUCCAUGUCAAGAAACCACUUUCUGGGAGAAGGGGCAUUAUAGCUCAGUGUGGAGUGUGUGCUUAGAAUGCACUAGGCCCAGGGUUCAACCUCCAGUACCUCAUUUAAAGGAAAAAAACUGAGCAAAAUUA